UCCUCCUUUUCUGUUUUCCUCCUUGUCUACUAGCCAGGAAGUGGGAUAUCCUUACUUAACAUCCUUCAGCCCAUUGGGGACCCAUGGCAUCCUCCACAAUACCCAGCAAGCUCCAUCACGUUUAUGGAUGCUCCAAGGACGUAACUAGCAAGUUUGCAUGCAGGGAGUUGUACUGGCGUUGCACAACAGUCGGGGGCCUGGGAGUUGCAUCAAUGCUGCACAUGUCCUUGUCCUUUACGGUGCCAUAAAGCGUAAAAUGACCAUGCUAAUUAAUAAUACCGCCAGUAUAUCAUUAGAUAAGACACCUUUGUGUCUCAGACAAUGACUUCUGGACAGCGUAGGUGAGUCCACCGCUACGAUGGGAUCACUGCUCAUCACUGGAAAGGGGAAGUGAGAGUUGUGCUUUACACUUGACUACAUGCUACAAUUAUCGUUACAUUCUCACCACAAGUAGACAUCAUGUCUGCUCUGCUGUGGAUGGUCUCAGUCUCAUUCCUUGUGGAUCAGACAAAGGCAGCACUACUGACAUACGUGACCUUGGAUCCAGACUGGAGGACGAUCUUCAAAGGAGAGAAAAUUUCACUCACCUGUAAUGUUGUUUCCUCUUCUGUAUGGAAAGAAGAGAGAUUUUACUGGUAUAGAGAUGAUCAGCCAUUAUAUACUUAUCAGCAGACAAUUCAGAUCAAAAGUGCCAAAAUGGAAUACAGUGGAAACUACCAGUGUAGGACAAGUUCCAGUGACAGAAGUGAUCCCCUCCGGCUGGAUGUGAGCAAUGACUGGGUAAUACUUCAGGUGCCUUCAUACAUUUACGAAGGAGACAAGUUGCUUUUAAAUUGUCGAGGUUGGGAUUCAUUGUUUUCAAAUCAAGUGACAAUUUACAAGGAUGAUCACAUAAUAGGAACCAUGGGUUAUUAUAUGGAUGGAACAAGAAGUGGAAUAUAUAAAUGUAAAAAGACACGAGUAUUGUCUGUUCAUACAUCGAAAGAAACGUAUCUUAUUGUCAACGAACUGUUCUCAGUCCCAAUUUUACAGCUGAAACAACCAUUAGUAGCAGAAGGUGAUGAAAUGACACUUACAUGUCACACAACUCUUGCUCCUCGAAAAAGGAACACAAAACUGCAGUUUGCAUUCUACAGAAAUGAACAGAGACUACAGGAAUUCAGUGCAGAUAGUGAAUACAGCGUCUCAUCUGCAAAGCAUGAGCAUUCUGGGAAAUACUUCUGUGAAGCGAGAGCAUUACUUAGUGCUGUGACGAAAAAGAGUGACGUUGUAAACAUCCAAAUAGAAGAGAUAUUCAAGACCCCAGUGAUACAGGUGUUCCCAUCAUCCACUGUAAGUAGAGGAGAACAGGUGGUACUACGGUGUGUAGCCGCUUCUCCAACUGGGAACCAUAUCCUCUACAGCUUCUUCAAAGACUCCCAGAUUGUACGUGAUUAUACUACGAAUAACACUUAUCUCAUCCCUCGGGCUGGAGACGACCACAGUGGAAAUUAUCGAUGCUCCAGUAAACCUGCGAAUAAUAAGGUUAUAAAGUACAGCAAGGACCUCAGUAUCAUGGUAGAAGUUUUAGGCCAGCCUCGCUUCAUGCUGGUACCAGAUAAGGUGGUGAUCGGCGAUGAGAUUACCCUUCGGUGUGAGGCCUCCAAGAGUUUACACUACAGCUUCUAUCACAACAGGACAAUAUUAGGAAAUGUUACAGUUUCCCAAAAGAAAUCUGCGGAAAUUAGACGGAUCAUCAAGUCAGCAACCAUGACUGGACCCUACUAUUGUGAGUCCCGAAAUUCUAUUUCACCGACGAUACUGCGAAGUGAGACAGUAACUUUGUUUAUUCUGGACCCAGUGGCAAAUGUCUCGAUUCAUAUGGAAAAAUCAGAUGAAGAUUUUGUAUUUGGUGAGCCUAUAACUCUUUCCUGCUCCAGUCAACGCGGCACCUCUCCAUCAUUUCUUUGGCUCCACAAUGAGACUGCAAUUGAACAAGGGUCUCAGUUCUACCAGCUUAUAGACAAUCAGAAACGUCUCCAUAUAGACUCUCUACAGAUCCACCAUAGUGGAACUUAUCGAUGUGUUGCGAGGAAUAAACUACCACCUGACAGAACCUUCUCUGUCCGGAGUGCCCCCAGGAUCAUCAGUGUUUUGGAGCCAAGAGAAUCCGAAAUUCUUCUUUUGAGAGAAAGCAGUGUCCCGCUUAUUGCACUGGGGGUGCUGCUGCUGUUGACUAUUCCCAUGGGUGUCCUGAGCUUUAUGUAUAGACAGAAAAUGGCUUCAUUAUUCAGAAGAUGUGCCUUGCAACGACCCAAAACAGAGAGAACUAUAGUCCAGGCUAGAAUUGCACAGGACCCAGCAAAUGACGGUCUAGAAAGUUCGGGCCAGGGAGACUACAGUAACGUCCCUCCCAGGGGCCAUGUUGAAUGUGAAGACAUAUGUUAUGCCCAUAUUGAUAUUAACCAGGCAAAAGAAGCUUCUCCACACUGGAACAAAGGGAAUGAAGAAUUAUCUGUUACAUAUUCUGCUGUCAAAUCUUUACAAUCGUCAACAGAUCCAAGAUCAACCCAAGAGAUAUCUGGCUGUACUGAUCUCUACCAGAACUUUAAUUUGACAAGACUUCACUGGGUGACAAAAAUUUUUCUUCCUCCUUUGCAUCAGAAAGGGGAAGUGAAACAAACAGUGAACAUAGAGAGAGAGAUGGAGAUGGCCGAGCGCUACAUUUACCGACUGUGCAUCAUGCCGGUCCUCACCCUCCUCAUCCUCAUCUCAUCGAUAAUGGAAAAUUCAGGAAAUUUAGUCCAUUACAUGGUUACCGUCACACCUAACUGGAACCACAUAUACACAGAGGAUUCUGUGACUUUAAAAUGUGACAUCGGACCCGAUAAUGACAUCAGAAACUACAACUUCUAUUGGUAUAAAAACAAAAAAGAGAUAAUUCAACGAAAUCAUGAAUUUACAAUUAGCAGUGCAAAAUCUAAUGAUGCAGGACUAUAUGAAUGCGGGACCGGAUCUGAUAAUCGCAGUCACUCACUCCAUUUAUACGUUAUAAGUAAAGAUGUAGUCCAUUAUAUGUUGAGUCUCACCCCUAAUUGGAACCACAUAUACAGAGGUGACUCGGUUACUUUAAAAUGUGACAUCGGACCAAAUAAUGACAUCAGAAACUACAACUUCUAUUGGUAUAAAGGCAGUAAAGACAUAAAUAAAAACACACAAGAAAUUACAAUUGGAAAUGCAGGACCUGCUGAUGCCGGAGAGUAUGAAUGCUGGGCCACAUCUGCUGGUCGCAGUCACUCCAGUCACUCACUCCAUUUAUACGUUACAGGCAAAAAACCUCCUGAACUCAUCCUGCAAACUCCCCCCAAUAUUGUAGAAGGCGACUCCCUGGAUGCGAGGUGUCACAGCUCUCAAUUCAAUGAUAAGAAAACCAUAACUUUUUAUAAGGACGGCAACAAAAUUCAGGAAUCAACAAACAUUUCAUAUUUGUCAAAUGUGAAUAAAUCUAUGAACGGAAUUUACCGAUGUGAAAAAAAGACUCAAAGCGAAAAAUUAGCAAAAUCAGGAGAAACAUUUAUAUUUGUCCAAGAUCUCUUUACAAGUCCAGAAAUAAAAGUGCCCUCCUCCAUAGAAGAAGGAAGUACUGCAACCCUGAGGUGUGACACAAGACAAAACCCUCUGAGACGUGGUACAGAGCUGCAGGUUUCCUUCUACAGAAAUGGAGAGAAAGUGCAGGAAUUUGGUUCAUCUAAUGAAUACAGAAUUAUGCCCGCUCAGUGGCAGCAUUCUGGUAAAUAUACCUGCGGGGUGCAGACUCCAUUAGGUACGGUGAUGAAGAUGAGCAAAGUGUCCUACAUUAGUAUAACAGGUGCUGUGAAUAAGCCUAAACUGACGCUCUUAACAAGCGAGGCGGCCGUGGGAGAUUAUACUACUCUUCAAUGUGAGUCUUCUAAAGGCUCCCCCCCUAUACACUACCUGUUUUAUCACAAUCAGACAUUGUUAGGAAAAAUUACCACUCACCAAAAGGAGAUAGCAGAACUAAAUCUGACCAUUGAGUCAAUGACCAUGGGAGGACUCUACUAUUGCGCUUCAUACAACGAUAUCCAUGACCAACAUCAAGUGAGUGAGGAAGCCAAUUUGCUAGUUAUAGAGCCAGUAGCAAAUAUCAACCUUACCACAUAUAAAGAAGGUGAAGAUUUUGUACUAGGAGAAUCCUUGACAUUGAUCUGCUCUGUUCGUCAUGUCACUUCUAUCUCUAUCUCCUGGAAGCACAAUGAGACUUUGGUGGAGCAAACUUCUGCGCUCUAUCAACUUCAAGACAACGGCACGGUCUUGUAUAUCCAGUCCCUUCAAUACCAUCAUAGAGGAACAUACCGAUGUGAAGCCUCCACAAAGCUGUCAGUCAACAGGACUUUCUGUGUGAUCAGUGAAAUACAAAAUGUCAACGUCUUGGAGUUGAGUGCUGUUGACUAUAGCAUCCAGUUGUCAGCGCUUGGGAUUUUGCUUCUAGUCAUCAUCCUUGCAAUUGUCCUAACGUUAAUGUACAGAGAAAAAAUUGUCGGAGGUUGUCGCAAGAAACCGUCAUCUACAGGGCUGAACACAUUUGAGAAUAAUGAAGAUAAACAACAGACUGCAGCCAUCCCUGAAAUAGUAUAUGAAAAUGUGCCAUUAAGGGAGAAUGUUGAUGAAGAUUGCACCUACAUUACUGUUAAAGCAACAAAAGCUCCUUCUGUCUAUCCACCUACUGCUAUAAGAGAAAAUGUCACGGUUUUGUAUUCCGUGGCUAAGUGUUCCAUGGAGACUUCGGAGACCAAGACAGACCAAAAGAGUUCAGAGACGUCGGACUCUAACUGUAUCUACCAUACCAUUACAGCCGAUAACAUCAAUGAUCAUCAUCAGUAAAAUCUGACUAAUGACAUUAGGGAGUUCUGAAAAAUGUAUAUAAUAGACCUGUCUAGUAAUAUACUUAGAUGUAAUGCCUUUACCUGAGUCAUUGUAAGUCUAUACAGAUGUAGCAAAACUUUGCUAUUCAGCUACUUCUCAUGAGCGCUCAUGAUCCUGUAUUAUACUCCAAAGCUACACUAACUAUUCUGCUAUCACACGUAAAAGGGGGGGGGGGGGGAACACCA